AUGGACGCGGCUCGAAAUGUGAUCACGAUAAACGGUAAUUUGUAUGGCUCGCCACAACUUGCCCGGCUCAAAGCAUUGCGUUUCCAGAUUCGGAUGAUGAGCCCGAGGAGGCGAAUCCGUCCGCAAACGGCAUUGGGACAGGGAGCGGGAGUUCGAGCACGUCUUCGUUGAUUCUGUGCAGGGUAGGUCCAGUUUUGUGGUGACACGUGGACAAUGCAUUCAUGAAAUUGUAAUCCGAUUUGGGUCAGUUCCAACGAAUCACAAACUCGAGUGUUUGUGUUGUGACCGUGUUCUGUAGAAUGUCAAAAAUCAAAAAGCAAGUUUAAUGUGCAAAUUCGCUCUACUGAAGUAUGGUCUACAGGCCUAAUUCAUAGUCGACUCCCCGUGAUUAUGGUCUAGAAGCUUCUGAAUAGUUGCCUGCAGCUCUAAAUUAUAAUCUGAAAUCCUAAAUUGCAGGUGUGUGGAGCCGAAAAAGCGGCUCACCACUACGGAGCCCUCAGCUGUGUCGGAUGCAAAGGAUUCUUCCGGCGAGCGCUACUGAAAGCGGAUCAGUUGGAGUGUGCUUCCCAUGGAGAGUGUACAGUUAGUGUUUUGCGUGAGUUCUACAAUAGAUACACUAACUGCGUUGAGCGCAAACACAGUUGAACACGUUUUCAGAAAAGAUCCAGUGUAGGAGUUGUCGGUUCAACAAGUGUUUGAAGGAGGGAAUGAACCCGGCUUGUGAGUUUUUUAAUUAGCUGCUUUGUCAUCAUGUCCGAAUUCAAUUCAAAAUUCCAGUCGUGCGCCCAAACCGUGACGCGCCGCCAAAGCCAAGAAAACCGGCGCCAGUGGUGAAUUGUGAUCUGACGGACAAAGGACGAACCACAAAGACCCGUGAGGAGUGGAUGAAAAAGAUGACGGUGGAGAUGAGAACGACGCUGAUGACACUGCUGAACAUCGAGACGAAGGUGCUGAAGGGAGACACGCAGCAGCACGCGUCCAAGUUGUAUCCGCUGGACGGCAUCGACAAACUGAGGGACAUCAUCGAAAACCCGACGUAUCUGAAGGGGAAGCGGACCGAAAUGCGGUAUGAACCGUAUCGGAUGGCUGCCAACGAUGAGCUGUGUGCCAUUGCCUAUCGUCGAUUGAUUGCGGCCAUCGAUUGGGUCGAGAGUUUGUCACCUUUGCUCGGACAUUUAACGGUCGAGGAUAAGGUACCCUUAAAUAUUCUUAUAACCACGAAUAUUGUACAAUUUUCAGAUCGCCCUCAUCAAAUCCUCAUUCGCUCCCCUCAUGGUCUUCAAUUUCUGCGCACGCACGGCAGAAGCUUGCCAAGAUCCGAACGUGCUGUGCCUCUGCAACUUUGCCUAUGUGCCCAGAAACAUUUCAAAGUUGUACGAGGAUACUUAGUGAAUCAUCAAUUAGGUAAAAAUAGUACAAACACAUUUUCAGUCACCUCGGAAAUGGUCUCGUGGAAAGAGCGCUGAACGAGUUGGUGGCUGUGUACAGAGAAUACGGGAUGAGAGAGGAGGAAAUCGUUUGUGUCAAUGCCAUGAUCUGUCUGAAUCCGUGUAAGUUUUCGUGUUAGGUAGGUUUUUGCUCUGACCCAUUCAUUUUGCAGUGGCCAAAGACGUCUCCGACAGUCUCUUUGAAAAGAUCGUAGAUCUUCGCAAUCGAAUCGCCGACUGUCUCUUUUCGAUUGUCAAGGAAGUUCGUCUGAGCCCGACUCCGAAUGUCUGUUUCGGCCACAUCCUUCUCUCCCUGGCUACCGUAUCCGAGCUGGCAAACGCGAUGAGCGAGAACCUCCAAUUCGCGCAGACCUUCUCGAAUCAGGGCGAGAUUCCGCUGCUGACCGAUCUGUUCGGAUGCUUCACCGUCGAGCCAUUCUUCAAGGAAGUCGACGAGUUGGCGGCGAUGAAUUUGGAAAAGGCGGCCGAGAAGAAGGAGAUGUCCACGCAGACGGAUCGGGUUCCUCCGCCCAGGGCGCUUUUGGUAAGAGUUGUUAGUUCAAGAUAAUUUUUUUUUGGAAACUGAAAGAGCUAGAGACAAUCCUUAAGAGACGAAUGUAUUCAAAAAGCUCUAUCACAAUAUCUUCUUUCUUUUGCAGAAAAGAGCGGCGACUAUGGACGAAAGCGAAGAGCCGGCCCGUCAAAACUUCCGUCUCCUCCAACCUCCCGAGAACUUUUACAUCACGGAAAUGCUUGAUGAUUUAAGGGUGAGCAUUUGUUUUGUGACGGUUUUUUUCUAGUUCACUAUUGCAUGUCUCUUUCCCUUUGUCAGCAUAGUCGAAUAGUUCCAGGCGCCAGAGUCCGUUUCCUUAUCCUCCCCCGACGAGUAUUAUCACCCCAGCACCACUGUUCCCACCCACUGUUCACCCAUGGUACCUAGGCAACUUGUUAGUGAGAACUUGCGAAAUUUCAGAACAAUCACGCCGAGAAUCAUCUGACGGGCCUGAAUUAUGAUGCUUCGACUAUUGUGGCUCCACCGGUUUCGACUUCACAGCAAUCUCAACAAUGCUCCAGCUCGACACUGAGCUCCGACACUUCCAGCCGCAACUUCCAAGCACCUAAUAUACCGCCGACGCGUCGACCGUACCCCUCGUGCUCCAGUUACUCCCAACAACCGCCCGGAACCUCGUACGACUUCCCGCCACCUCCCGGAUAUCCUCCGCUCAACGCCGGCUACACCCCGAACGUGAACUAUCCGCAGUUGUACCAACAGCCCCAGUAUCCGCCACUACAGUACCCCCAGACGCAGUCUCAAGAGGAGUACGGUCAGAAUGUGCAGUACCAGGAGUACGGUACCUAUCCCGAGUACAUGUACCCCGCCCACGCGGCGCCCAACUUUCAGAACCAGUACGCGUCUUGA